UUCAAGGUCACAUGACUAAACGGAAGCCAUUUUAUGACCUACCGGUACACCAUGAAGUGCCCUGAGGGACAGCUGCCCAAUCCUUCGGAAAAGGAUUCAACACCAACAGCUUCAACAUCAGAGGUAAUGAGCUUCCACGACCCCCAAAGUCCUGUGGACCUUGGAGCUGACACUGCCGGCGAUCGUGGCGCCGAAACUGCCGGCGACCAAGGCAGCCAAACUCCUGCAGACCAUGGCGCCCAAGCCGACGCAGAAAGCGGCGCCCAGGCUGCUGCCGGCACUCCGCUGGAAAACUUACUGAAAGGGACAGAGAUGAAUAGAAGCCGGGAUGAACCUCCUUACGAACUUGAGAACCAAUUUAUAUUGCGUCUGCCUCCGGAACAUGCUUCUGCUGUAAGGAAGAUAGUACAUUCCACAAGUGUUGCCAUGAAGGAUAAACUAAAAAUUGACUUAUCUCCUGAUGGACGUCAUGCAGUUGUUGAGGUAGAAGAUGUCUCACUAACUGCUAACCUGGUUGAUUUGCCUUGUGUUAUUGGAAGCCUGAAAACUCUUGAUAAAAAAACCUUUUAUAAAACAGCGGAUAUUUCCCAGAUGCUUGUAUGCACUGCUGAUGGUGAUCCCCACUCUUCCCCGGAAGAACCAACUACCUCUACUGAUCUUAAAGUAAUCGCAAAAAAUGAAAGAGAGGGCGAGAAAAAAUAUGUCUGGAAGCAUGGCAUUACACCACCACUUAAGAAUGUCAGAAAGAAAAGAUUCCGCAAAACAACAAAAAAGCUCAUUGAUUUUGAAGAAAUCAACUGUACUGAGGAAAAAGGCAUUCCUGCAAAACACAGGGUGUUAAAUGACGUUCCUGGUAUUCCCUUCUCCCCCACUUUGGUUCAGUACAUUGAAUCUCCUGAAGUGGAAAAGGAAGUGAAAAAACUGCUGUGUUCAGAUGCUGAAGCUGUCAGUACCCGAUGGGAAGUCAUUGCUGAAGAUGAAACCAAGGAAAUAGAAAGUCAAGGCUUCAUCCCAGGCUUUAAGAUAUCCCCAGGAAUGAGUGGCUAUAAGCAGGGUCAUGUCUCAUCAGAAUGUGAGAUGCUUCGGGAGAUGUUCAGUGAUUCUAGUAGUAACAGUGAUAAGGAUGAUGACGAUGAUGAAGAGGAGGAAGAUGACUACGAUGAUGAUGAAGAUGAGGAAGAGGAGAAAGAUUAUUAUGAAGAGGAUGUGGAAAGGAAGCUACAGGCCAAGUUCAUUGAACCUGGCCAGCAUGAGGCCAAGGAAAGAGCCAGUUCAAUAGCCAUGGAAAUUCAGAAGCAGAUUCAUCACAUGGAGAAAAAGCUCCUGGAGAUUCAGUGCAAAGCACAAAGACAGAAAAAUCUCAUCAUGAAAUUGGAAAACCUGAUGCUCAAGAAUCAUUUACAGUCUGUGCUGGAGCAGCUUAAGUUAGAGGAAAAAGAAAAAAAUGAGCAGCUCAUUUCCCUACGGGAAGAAUUGAAAUAUCUUCUGGAAAAGUGAGGAGAGCCUUCAGCCUGGCACAUAAACCUUGGAUUCACCAUCCAGACUGAAGACUGGGUGAAACUGCAUGUUUCUGUUCCUUUGUUGCCUCAUGUUGAAUCAUUUCUAUUUGUUUCUCUGAACCUUUUUUUUGCUAGUUAUAUUGGAAGUUUGUACUCAUGUAGAAAGUGACAGACUAUAAAAAAAGCAGUAGGCCCAAAGAUCCAACUCAACUAUGAGACUUUGCUUCUCUUUAUUAAUUUGAGAAUUACUUCCAUUGCUUCUGUUCUAUGGUGUCACCAGAUGAUUCAGCCAUGCUUGUCAAAAGUAGACAGUCUAGCCUAAAGGCCAUACAGCUGGUUUGCAUAUGUUUUAGCUUUUCCUUCUUCUGUUUGUUUUAAAUAUUUCUUAAAACAUAGAACACAUCACCUCGUUUCUACCAAGGGCUAGGACCUGCCACAGUGAAUUUAAGUGCCUACCUCACAGCAGGUUAAUACUAGGUUGUGUCCUCUGUUCAGGUAAUGGGGCUGCUUUCCUGCUCAGGGAUGAUUUCUUGCUGCUGCCAUCUUUGCUCUGUUGUGUUUUUAGGACUUUGUCUGGUUGUUACUUGCCAGCUAAGGGAAUAGUUAGACAAGCAGAGAUGAAAUUCUGAGUUAUCUUUAUUCUGAGCCUCUUCAUCUUAGCCCCCGUCAGAAAAGGUUAGGGAAAACCAGAUGCCUGCGAUGCCUGUGAUGCCUGUGAAGACUUCCUUAAAAACCCUGAGUGGGUUUGUUUUUUUCAGCUGUAUUGUUAAGGUUUUCUAGUCUGUAUUCUUUAAGCAUUAAAUAAAUUCCUCAUUUUAAAUGGAUUGCUGUCACUUUAUUA